AAGUGCCUCUCACAAGAUGGCGACAAAGUAACGUACGAUGCGCUUCUGUGUUUACUGAUCUAUGUCUUUCCUGUAUGCUAGCAGAAGAGACUCAUACUUGUAGAAGCUGCAUACUGAUCGUGAGGAAUCUAACACAAUAUUGAGAAUGACGACUAGCUGCAACCGAGAAUACCUCGAUAAUAAGGGAGCUUCUUUGUGUAUGUUUUAAGCUAAGCUAAUAGCCUCCAGAAGUGAUUUCAUCUACAAAUCUGCUGCUAAGUUAAAAUAAGUUUGUGUGGGUCUGUAAUGGACAACGGCACCAUUUAUGUUCGGGAAAGAGGCAACCUUCGUCGUGUGGGUGACAUAAUUCUGGCACAACCAAAACCACCACCAUCAUCAUCGUCAUGCAGGAGGACGAAUCCGUUUGUGCUGAGAAAGGAGCAUUUCAUCUUCACCUACAACGAGGAGGGAAGCCUGAGAUACACCACUAAAACCCUCUUUGACCUCACUCUGCUGUUCGUCGCUGACAACAUCCACCAUGUGGACUCUCUGGUUGGCUUCCCAGACCAAAUAGGCGACAGACUGUUUGUGGCAGCAGAGGAGCACCGUGUGUUUUUAAACCCAGACAUUUCUCAGAAAGCAUUGAAGUUAUUCAGUGAUGCAUAUGGAGAUUUGUUGCUCAGCUCGCUCUGUCUAAGACACAGGUUUCCACUCCUGCAUGAGCGGAUCACCGAGAUAAAAACAUUUCAUAGUUUAAAGUCUCUGGAUUUGUUUGGCUGUAGACUAGGAGAUGAUCAUGAUCUCUUCCAGCAUCUCACGUCCACGUCACUGGCGAGCAGCCUGACUCAGCUGUUCAUUGGUGGCAACCAUCUGUCAGAUGUUGGCCUGCAAAGACUGACUGCGCCUAUCCGGAUGAUGCACAAGGGACUGGACUCCCUGGAACUCCUGGAUGUUUCCUACAAUCCCAUCUCAGAGAUGGGUCUGAGAUACCUUAAAUGCCUCCCAAAGCUGGCUAAGCUUGAUGCAUCUGGGACCAACAUGAAGCUUGGCACAGGACUGAAGACAACCUUGUGGGACAUUUUGGGGCUAAUUCAUUCUGAGAAACCACUCAGCACCUUCGAUCACUCUGGAUGUAAAACAGAAGGCUGGGCAGAACAGGUUGUAAAUCAGUGGGAAACAAGCGGCUGCCAGAUACCUAAACAGAAAAAAAUGGAAGAGUCCAGGGCCUCAGCACUUCGCUUUUUCGGCAGACAGAAGUUUGUCAGAGAGCUACUGAAUGUAGGUGAGAAUGGAAAGGAGACCAACAUGGAGAAACUACAUUUCUACAAACCCACAGCAAACAUUCAUCUAAAAGGAAAAAUGGAUGCAUCCACAACAUGCCUCCAAGUUAGGAAUCCCACCUGUUAUAGCAGAAAGAGGAAGCAAGAGUCAGGAAAACCUGAUGCCUCUCAUCAAAGCCCUCCGACUAAAGCAAAAAGCUCAUCCUCAUUAGUUUUAACUGCAGAGGACACAGACUUGUUGAACAGCUACUGAAUAACGGAAUGUGUCCAGGCAACAUUCUAUACAGGUCCUUCUCAAAAUAUUAGCAUAUUGUGAUAAAGUUAAUUAUUUUCCAUAAUGUAAUGAUGAAAAUUUAACAUUCAUAUAUUUUAGAUUCAUUGCACACUAACUGAAAUAUUUC